CCAGCCAUGAGAAUUUCUCUAUUGGCUUCUUCUCAGCUAGGCUAAACCUAAGCCUUGCUUGGAUAGAGGUCAAACUGUGACAGGACCUUCAAAUUAGAAUCAUGUGAUAACCAUGAAAAAUGGUUACAUGAAGAGGAGGAGAUUGAUUCCAGAAAAUCUGCAGAGUCGAGGGACGAGGCCGAAGACUUCGAGUGUUCAUUUACGGGGUGCAGUCAGUUGCAUCGUUUAUUACAUGAGCUGUGGAAAUAGGCUCACCCACGCAGUCACGCACCUCAGAAUAUGCAGUUCACAAACUUUAAUAAGUGACAUAUUGGUCGGGAUAAUGGCUGACUACAUGAAUAUACCGAAAGCAUUUAUGGAGUAGUUGGAGCAACAGCAAAAACAGAUGACAGACCGUACCUCAUGCUACUUCCACAAACUUGGGAGAAAAUAUAGCCAACAUAACAGAUUCAGUUCUUUCUCUCCCUCUUCCUCCUUUUAAUAGUCUCUUCAUCUUCCUCUCGUCCUACAGAAUUACUGUGCAUUUGGCAUUUCUGUCCAACAGGAUCAUGGUUGAAUCAAGCUUGCACAUUGCAAUGUACCCCUGGUUGGCAAUGGGCCACCUGACUCCGUUCCUUCACCUUGCCAACAAGCUGGCCAAGAAAGGCCACAGGAUCUCCUUCCUCAUCCCUACCAGGACCCGCGCCAAGUUGGAGCACUUCAACGGCCGUCCCGACCUCAUCACGUUCGUCCCAAUUGCCAUCCCUCAGGUGGAGGGACUCCCUCCUGAUGCAGAGACCACCUCUGACGUGCCCUACCCGCUCCACCCUCUCAUCAUGACCGCCAUGGACCAAACCGAGCCGACAAUUCGCCAAAUCCUUGAGACCCUGAAGCCUCACUGUGUCUUCCAUGACUUCACUCACUGGCUGCCUGCCAUCGCACGUGACCUGGGGAUCAAGUCGGUCCAUUAUUGCAUCGUCAGUCCCGUAACCAUCAGCUACACCCUAUCUCCGGCGAGGCACCUCAGUGUGCACAAGUUAACGGAGGCCGACUACAUGGUCCCCCCAGCUGGCUUCCCAGAUUCAUCAAUCAAGCUCCACCUCCACGAGGCCAGAUCCCUGGUUGCAAGAAGGUUCCUGACUUUCGGCAGCAAUAUCGGGUUCUCAGAUCGCAUGUUCGCUGGAUAUGUUGAGUCCGACAUACUGAGUUUUAGAUCAUGCCGAGAAAUUGAGCAGCCCUACAUUGAGUACCUGAAAAGCCAAUUUAAGAAGCCUGUUUUGCUUUCUGGACCAGUCAUACCCGAGCCAUCAAGUUCUGCCCUAGAUGAGAAAUGGGUCAAGUGGCUAGGAGAUUUCGAGGCUGGCUCAGUGGUUUACUGUGCAUUCGGAAGCGAAUGCACAACGCAGAAGGAUCAAUUCCAAGAACUACUGCUGGGUUUAGAACUUACGGGGUUGCCUUUUCUAGCAGCACUCAAGCCACCUUUCGGAACAUCAUCAAUUGAGGAAGCCUUGCCCGACAAAUUCGAAGAAAGGGUUCAAGGACGGGGUAUAGUAUACGGGGGUUGGGUCCCACAACAGUUGAUACUUCAGCACCCAGCCAUUGGUUGCUUCAUCACGCAUUGUGGAAGCAGCUCUCUCAUUGAAGCACUUGUCAACAAGUGUCAGCUCGUGCUAUUGCCGCAAGUGGGCGAUCAGAUAUUCAAUGCGAGGAUGAUGGGCAACAACUUGAAGGUCGGAGUCGAAGUAGAGAAAGGCGAAGAAGAUGGGCGCCUGACGAAGGACUCCGUGUGGAAGGCUGUGAGGACAGUGAUGGAUGAAGGAGAUGCAUACGGGAGCAAAGUGAGAGAGAACCAUGCUAAGAUUAAAGAAGUUUUGCUGGACAAAAAGCUUGAGUCCACUUAUAUAGAUUGUUUUGAUGAAGAGCUCCAAAAUCUGCUCCAUUGAUGCUUCCACUUUCAGCUGUCAUGGUUAAAUGACCACUAUUGCUGAACAGAAGAAGAAGAUGAGGAACUCCAACUAUGGAAUUCUGUACUACAAGAAGCACUUGUCCUAUUUAUUCUGCUAAAGUUUUUUUUUCAUGAUCAUCAGAAAUGUAAAACAAGAGAAAUGUCAAAAUUAUAAGUUGUCAUCAAUAUAGUGUUCAUCUUUACAUGCCAAAA